AUGACUGUGACGUCUGGGACCUCCAGGUCGAUGGCCAGCGUGAGACCGCUUGUUGGCAGACGGCCCUCGAGAGAGUCUUCCUCCCUGAGUGCCGUGGCGGAGCGCAGAGUGACGCCGAAUGUUAGGAAGGAGCGCCGCACCACAUCCAAGGUGGCUGCAGCCACCCUGCCGCGAACGAUAGCGUGGGCAGCGGGGUCACUUGUGUUCGCGAGGUACUGCGCAAGCACGAAUAUCUGCUGCUCCGUCGUCGGCGAGAGCAGAAUGACAUUCCGUCUGAAUGAAUUCAGUUGGGAGGUUGCAAAAAUCGGGUCCCAAAACAACACAUUCGGGAUGCUGAGCAUUGCAUCAAAGACAACACCCAAAACGACGUCUGUGGAGAAUGACUCCUCCUCGUUUCUCAGUGCAUCGGAUGCCUCGGCAUUCGUCGUCGCCACAACUUUCAGCGUGUAG